AUGCCUCCAGAACAGCCCACCACCCCAACAAUAACCACCCGCCUCCUCUCCCUCACCGGCCUCCCCUCCCUCCUCUCCACCCCCCACGACGCCCUCCUGAUAAUCCUCAACCGCACAACCCGCAUGCUCUCCUACGGCGCCUCCUCCCUCAUCCUCGCCCUCUUUUUUUCCUCCUUACACUUUUCCGACACCCAAAUCGGCCUCUUCAUGACCCUGACCCUCGUAGGCGACGUCCUCCUCUCCCUCCUCCUCACGCUCAUCGCCGACCGUCUAGGUAGACGACGCACCUUGCUUAUCGGCGCAACCAUGAUGAUUUGCUCCGGUGUUGUCUUUGCUACAUGCGAAAAUUACUUUGUGUUGUUGGCGGCGGCGGUGGUGGGGGUGAUUAGUGCCACGGGAGGCGACUUUGGGCCGUUUAGGGCUAUUGAGGAGAGUAUGGUGAGUGAGUUGACGGAAGCGGAAACGAGGGCGGAGGUGUUGGGGUGGUAUGUUGCUAUGAGUAGUGCGGGGAGUUGUGCGGGGACGGCGGUUGCCGGAUGGGUGGUUCAGUUUUUGGUGGAAGGGAGGAAGUGGGAGGGGAGGGAGGCGUAUCAUGCUGUGUUCUGGGGGUAUGUGGUUAUGGGUGUUGUUAAUGUUGCGGGGGUUUGGGGGAUGACGGAUCGGUGUGAGUUGGGAGGGGGGAAGGGGAGGAAGGGAAAGGGAAAGGGAAUGGGGGUGCAGGUGCAGGUGUUGGAGCCGGAGACGGAUGCGACGAGGGAGACGGAGCCGUUGUUGGCGGGGCCGUCUGCUAUUUCCCGGUCGACGCUUUCCGUCAUGCUCAUUCUUUGGGCUCUCCUCAUGGUCGACAACCUUGCGGAUGGUAUGGUCUCCAUGUCUUGGACGACGUACUACAUGGACCAAAAGUUCCAUUUACCCAAGUCGAUGCUGGGCGACUUCCUGUCUGUCGCUUACUUCCUUGCUGCUCUGUCGUCCGUGUUUGCGGGACCGAUGGCGCGACACAUUGGCCUGGUCAACACCAUGGUGUUCACGCACAUUCCAUCCUCGGCCGCGGUGCUCUUCUUCCCUCUGCCCAAGAGCGUCACGGCGACUUUUGCCUUGCUGUUGGUCAGAGUCGGGCUGAACAACAUGGACCAGGCGCCAAGAGCGGCGCUGAUUGCCGCGGUGGUUAAGCCUGAAGAGAGGACGGCAGUCAUGGGCAUCACGGGAACUUUGAGGACCCUCGCGUCGACUAUGGGACCGAGUGUCACGGGCGUGUUGGCGGACGGAGGAAGGUUUUGGGUGGCGUUUGUGGUGGCAGGUGCGCUGAGGUUGACGUAUGAUUUGGGCAUUUUUACCAUGUUUAUCAAUAUCAAGUUGAACAGGCAUGAGGAGGGGGAGCAGCAGGUGGAAGGGAGAGAGGGGGACGAGGAGGAGGUUGAGCGGAGGAGGGAGUGA